AUGGUGAGGAUUUGGCCAUUCUUGGCCCUAUUUAUCGAAUCUUAUGCCGACUGCGAGGGAGGUCGCUGCCACGCGACUUCCAAUGUGCUCCUGCAACGUAAACGCGAGGAGCUCUCGCAACAAUUGGUCUACGAAUCCACCUAUGAAGGUGGGGGCAGUGAUCCCAUGCUCAUGGAGGGCCACUUCACCCUGACCUAUGAUCCAUCCGUCUAUUGCUGUGAUGCAGCCACCAUCCAGGAGAUGCAACAAAAGGGCAUGCUGUCCUUCCAGGAAGGCAUCGCAGAGGUUUUGGGGCACGGCCUCCUGUACGACGACAUGACCCUGCAGUUUCGCGCCGAUUCGGCCAACCACUCGGAGGUGGAUGUGAAGUUCCUCUUCAGGUGCCCAGCAGAGAAAAACCUUUGGAGACGCAGCAUCCUCUUCGUCCGUGGCCACUUGUUUCUUCGUCGAGGCGACCUCAGCAGAUGUCAUGCAGGCCGAGAUGCAGGGCAUCACCACGGAGCGGCUCCUGAGUGCGUUGCAGGCGAAGAUGACCUCCCACGGCCUCCCUGUGGCCGCUUGGACCGCACAGAUCCAAAUGACCAGAGUGACCAUGGGCGGACAGGGGGGAAGAAGGAGCGGGGAGAGCCGAAAGGAAUGGGCCAACAGUUUGGAACCGUUUGUGAAUGGAUUGUGGGGUUUGCAGGCAACGGAAAAAAGCAUAUAGGGUUACUGAAGAAGCAAGCAGAUGUUGGCCCUUCCUUGGACCACAUAGUGAUGUUGCAUGCUUGA